AUAUUCUAAUGUUGUCAUGUUUAUUGUCCCGUAGCGAGGUAGAACCAUUUUGCAUGCAUUGUGCUCCCAGCACAUACAUACCGAGCACCCUUGAUCAGCAGGUGAAACGCAGAAUUUCAGUUGGUUGAAUUCAGAAAUCAUUUCAGUUGGUGAACAGUGUUGCGAGAGAUUAGAUGUCUGAUUUACGUUGUUGUUUGGCGACAACGAACUACAUCUGUGUUCAUAGAUUUAAGAAGACAAACAGAAAAAUGAGCACCUUCAAAAUGAAACAUCCUUUGUUUGUAGGAGUGCUAUUUUUAAUAGCAAUAGCAAACGUGACUACGUCAAAUUGUUUUGAGAUACCAGACAUAUUUGACGAUGUAGGCUCUUCCUUCUUCGGCGUCGAAGAAGAAAAACCAUUCGGUAAUGCAGCUAAACAAACUCACAUCAACAUUUACCAAGUGUUAGAAUCGCCAGGAUUGCAUAGCCAUUUUCUCCAAAACAAGUGGUCCGAUCGUGAAAAUAUCGCAAAACGUAUAAAACGUGAUCUAAACCAGCCUGUGCCACCAACGCUUCUGGUUGAAAAUAGUACCGAAAAAGAAGAACACAUCCCCACCGCUCAAAAACUAACGAUGACAAAUCAAGAGAACUAUCCUGCGCCGCAAACAGAAUGGACGAGGACAUCUUCUAAGCCAGAAUUUCAAGCUAAUGUGAUUCGAGAAGAGGAAGAUUCAAAUGCAGAAGCAUCAAUAAUAGUGAACGAAAAUAUGAAGUCACGAGCGCCGAGGGUGAAUUUUAUAACACAACAAACCAAAAGUCCAGAUCAUUCUGAGAUUCGCACUGAAAAAGAAAAAAUUAUAUACGAGCUCUAUAGGAAACCAUUAGCCAGGCUUUACUACGAGCGACCAAUUUCAAAAGCAUAUGACUCGUUUAUGGCUCCCUCGCAGCCUCCAGUGUAUCCGUCCCGGUCGUUCAACAAAUAUGAACCAUUACACCCGGAAAUGUUUGACCGCAUGUACCCACCGGCUCCACAUCGUUAUGAUCACUACUAUGAAAGACGCUAUGAUACCGAUUAUGAUUCGUAUUUUCCACGUUACAAAUAUCCUUAUUACUACUAUUUUCCGGACAACCGUUAUGAUAUUCCGAUGCCACAUAGGGGACGCAAGUACAUAUACACGAAUAAUGUACUGAAUGGAAUCUCAGAAACUAAUCGUCCAAUUAGUAUGCGUAACCGACGAAUCAUUUACUAUGCAACAUUACCAGAAAUUGUGCGUACACCGCCGAAUGUACAACUGCGUUAUCGGGUGCAAGGGUAUCGCAACAAGUACGAUCCCAUCCAAAUGACUUCCUCUCCAACAACAGCAUUCGGUGGUUAUAAGGAAAAAGCUGGGCUUGCCAGUAGCCUGGACGAAAAUAAGUACGUCAGUUCAAAACCGAUAAAAAUUAUUAGAGACACAAAUUUGUCAGGAAACGGGUUUG